AGGUGGCAACGUCUUAAAAAAACAGACAACAUUUUGUGAGCAUCAAUUUUACAAGUUUGAACAAAAAACGUCAGAGUGUCUAGUUUGGUCAGAUCAUCUGUACAAAAACCAUUUGCACGUGCAAAAUGAGUUCCUUUGUCGUUGCGAAUGUCAAUGUUGACAACCCAAUUGUAAAUGUGCCUGGACGAAGUCAAACAAUAUGCCGCUAUUACUUGCGAGGCAUUUGUCGAUUCGGUGACCUUUGUCGCUUCUCCCAUGAUUUAACUCGAGGCCGUCCCGAAGGUGAGCAGCGUGCUACAAAUACAGAUGCCGAUGUCGCUCCAGAAGCUGAGUCGGAGGCAGAGGCUGAAGCGGAGGUAUUUCCCAGCACUAGCCGCCGGAAUUGGGCGAAUGCGCCGAUCUUUGUGCCUGGCCAAAAACGUUUUGUAGUCGAAGAUGAGGGUGAAUCUGUUGCUGCAGCUGUAACUGGCAGUGCUGCUGCUGUGCAAAGUGGAAUAUCAUGGGCUGAAAUUGUCGGAGGACCGUCUGCCAAUGACGUUGACAUGGGCGUUAAGCUGGCAGAGCGUCGCGCAUUGCUCGAUGUUUGCCCAUAUGAGAGUCCAUGUCCUGUCGGCGAGUAUUGUCCCUAUCGCAUACAUAUGGAGCUAUGCGAGAUGUGCGACCAAUACUGCCUGCAUCCAACGGACCAAGCUCAACGUAAGAAACACAAUCGCGAGUGUUUGCAGCAACACGAACAGGCAAUGGAAUUAUCCUUUGCGAUUGCCCAGUCCAAGGAUAAGACAUGCGGCAUAUGCUUCGACACAAUCAUGGAAAAAGCCGGACGAGAGAAACGGUUUGGCAUUUUACCCAACUGUAAUCAUAUAUUUUGCUUGGAAUGCAUUCGGACAUGGCGUCAAGCCAAGCAGUUUGAGCAUAAAAUUACGCGAGCUUGCCCCGAAUGUCGAGUGUGCUCGGACUUUGUCUGCCCCAGCGCCUUUUGGGUUGAAACUAAAGAGGAGAAAGACAAACUACUUAACGACUAUCGCGCAGCCUUAGGUGCAAAGGACUGCAAGUAUUUUAAAAAAGGCGAGGGAAAGUGUCCAUUUGGCAACAAGUGCUUCUACAAACACGCACUACCCAAUGGCGAAAUUGUGGAUGUUGGUUUGCCAAAACGAGCCCGAAAAUUGCAUAGCCAGAAUCAAUUAAUUGAUUUACUUGAUAUCUAUCUCUGGGAAUACGUGGAUCGACGGGAUUAUCACUGGCUGGAACUGUAUUCAAGUGAUAUGAGCGAUGAAUCCGAUUCAUCAGAUGAGGAUGAAUAAUAUUAUAUCGGAGCAACUAUAAAUAACACAUGCAAAACUAAAAGUUAGAUUCAAAAUAACUGCGAAAAUAACAUAAACCUUAAAAUGCUGAUAUAUAUAUUAUUGCAUGAUUAAAUCAAAUGUGUAAUUAAAAGUAAGAGAUCAUAUAAGUACCAAAUUUUUGUUUAUGUACGGAAAUAAAUAUAUAUAUUUUUGCCCAACUUAACGCAACGAAAUUAACAGCAAAUUUUCCGCAAAUGCAAAGAAAACCUAAAUUGUAAUAAAAAACCAAAAAAUACAAAAAAAUGUGGUUAAAAUAAAUUUAAGAAAUGAACAAUGUAAAUCACUUAUUAUUUAAAAAAAAAAAAUAUUUUAAAAAUAAACAAGAACAGGAUAAAUUAAACAGUUAAUUAUUCAAAAUAGGUGAUAUAAAAAUGUGUAUACACAACUAUGCCUUUCAGACUGAAUUGUAAACAUAAAAAUAAGCAAGUUUUUUUAUGAUGUUUUCCACUUACUGUCCUUUAAAGUUUACUUACAAAUAAGAUAUACGCACACAGGAAUAUUCAGAUGCUCAUGCA